CCUAGUUUUUGCUUUUUAUGGCAGGUGAUUUGCAUAUUUGUGAGGCGGUCUUCUUCCUGGCUGCCAAGGGUUAUAAAAGAUAGAAGGUUCUACAACAGCCAAGACAGACAGAAAGUUGAGAGUUGCUCGGUGUUGACGAUUAAAAAGCGAUAUUUUCUGUUCAGAAAAACUCUAACCAUGUCAUUCCAUGGGCAUACAGUCAAGAGGAUGCUUCCAAAGACGUACCUUCGCAAACAUGUGACUCAUGACAUACACGUCGCAUUAACUUACUUCAAAAACCUUGUGCCCGUGAUGGAUAGAUUUGUUUACAAUGAUGGAAAAACAAAGGACUUGAUGAGUCUAACCGGAACUAUUCCUACCAUGUUUUCAGGCAAAACCUACAACAUACCCAUAUGUUUAUGGAUUGAAGAGACCUACCCCCAAACUGCCCCCAUCUGCUACGUUAAACCCACACGUGAGAUGAUGGUCGUCACAGGAAGCUACAUCUCCAGCAAUGGUGAAAUCCUGCUGCCUUACCUGCAACACUGGAACAAGGAUGAGUGUGACAUCGUCAGCCUGCUGCAGGUGAUGGUUGCCAUGUUUGGAGAGACCCCUCCUUUAUCUAUGCGGCCUCAUCCAGAGCCUGAACAAACGUCAUGUGGGCUGCAGUACUACAGACAAGCAGAAGUACUUCAAGACAUAGAUGGAAGCUCAUAUCUGCCUUUAGCCAGAGAAGACAAUGAACCUUUCCAGCAAGAAAACGAAAGCAAUUGCUAGUUUUAUUGUCGAUGUUGAGUAGAAGUCGUAUUAAAAAAUGCAUGUGUGUUACUUUUUAUUGUCCAGUGCAAAGUGUCAGAUGGUAUCCAUUGAAUGCACAGUUCAUUAACAAUUUUUCAAAUGAUUUAUUCUGCAAAUAUCAAGCAACAUACGUGAAAUUAUGUGUGUUGUUUGAGAAUUUAAAAAAAUGUAAAUACUGCUUCAGUUUUCCAAGCCUGCGUGUUAAGAGACUUCAUUGCUUUACAAGCAGCUAAAACUGUUCUUUACUGGCAUCCAAAGGCCAAUGUUUUGCUCUGAUCUAAAAGAAACUGGACCUUUAACCACAUUAGACAUAUAUAGCUGGGUGCAGCCUACUAAAGUCUGAUUUAUUAUAUAAGACUGCAGCUUACCAUUUACCACAGCAGAAAUGUGAAAAACGGUUUAAUCUGGAAAGCUGUCACUUACAAUAGUCAUAGUUGCAAGCGGCUGAUCAUUAGUAUAACGCAUUUAUUUUGUUUCUUGAUUUUGCCAGUUACUUGGUUUGGAUUUUUUGUGUUAUCUAUAGUUAAAGGUUUCACUAUAGAUGCAUAAGCAGAUUACAAUUUUUCAUACAAAAAAUAAUGUAAGACAGGACU